AUGGACACCACAUUUGAUGAAGAUCUCUUCUUCACCACUCUAUUGCAAAGUGGUGAACAAGGGAGAUCCACAAUCGUAAUGACUAGUAGCCAUGAUAAUGUUGGACUCCAAGCAACACUAUUGGAAGUUGAAAAAAGGCCACCUAGUAAGAAAACACAACAAGGUGUGUCUUUCACCGUAGAGGAGGACAAUCUCCUCAUGUCGGCUUGGCUCAAUAUUAGCAUGGAUGCUAUACAGGGGACGGAUCAAAAAUAUUCUCAAAUGUGGGAGAGAAUUAUCAAUUAUUAUAAUGAGCAUAAAAAUACUAGCAUGGGAAAUCGUUCUAGGGGGUCAUUGACCAAUCGAUGGUCGGUGAUCCAAAAAUGCACAAAUAAAUUUUGUGCUGCUGUGGCUCAAGUAGAAUCUUUGCAUCCAAGUGGUGCGAUAGAGCAGGACAAGAUUGAAAGAGCUAAAAUCAUGUAUAGAGAGAUUGAGAAGGCCACAUACAACAUGGAACAUUGUUGGUGUCUAUUGAGACACCAACCAAAAUGGCAACAACACGUGUCCAUGUUGUCUACGAUAAGGAAACCACAUGGAAAACGCCCUGCUAUGGCAGAGUCGACUCCACUAGGAGACGACGCGAUAGAUGACAACGUAGAGGUCUUUUUUGAGAGACCUCUAGGCAAGAAGGCUGAAAAAGAAAGGGAGAGAAAAAGGAAGGCUGCAGAAUCUUACAAUUCAUAA